AUGACAACACGUCUUUAAGAAACGUCUCUGCUUUGUGAUCAUUUACACAUCGCGUGACCUAAUAAAGGUCUUCAUUUCACUCAUGGAACAAGUAAGGCACCCUCACCACAGCUGACAUUGGGACAUAAAAAGUGUGCGGUCCCAGAAGUGAGACCCCAAACAGGAAUUACCCAGAAAUAACUGCCCAACAGGAUACGAGAAGAACUGAUGUGUGACAGUCAUCAAGUGACAGAGAACUAACGGCAUAAUGUUACAGUUCAAAAAAAAAGGAGAGGUCAGGAAGUUUGACCCAGAGUUCAAGGGGCCCCUUCAAAACAGGGGAUGCACGGAUAUCAUAUGCUGUUUGCUCUUCCUUCUUGCCCUGGUUGGCUACUUGGGUGUGGGAAUUCUUGCCUGGUCCCAGGGUGACCCCCGGAAAAUCCUGUAUCCCACUGACAGCAGAGGGAACUUCUGUGGGCAAAAAGGAACAGAGCAGGAGGGCAAGCAUCUGCUGUUUUACUUCAAUAUUCUGGCGUGUGCCAAUCCCGUGGUGUUGGUUGAGCUCCAGUGUCCCACAACGCAGAUAUGUGUAAAGCGCUGUCCUAACAAACAUCUCACGUUGCAUGAAUCCCAGAAAAAUGAAAACGAUCGGGAAUAUUUCACAAGGUUUUGCAAGCCAGGUGUAGAAAAUUUCAAGACUAUCAGUGCAAAGAGGCCGUAUUGCCCUACUGCGAUCUUGGCCAGCAAAGUCUUUGCACGUCGCUGCAUUCCUUCCCUGUCAAGGUUAGAUGAUGGCACAAUUGUCGUGGGCAAUGAGAGCUCGGUUAAAGUUGGCAAUGAUCAAGUUUCCGCCGGCGAAGUAUACAAUGCGACCAGGAAGGCCAACAUGCGUCUUGAAGCUCGCCAGUUGGCCAUGAAAAUCUUUGAGGAUUACACUCAGUCUUGGCAGUAUAUCGUGAUCGCUCUGACGGUAGCGACGGUUAGCAGCUGGUUCUUCAUAGUUCUGCUACGCUUCCUGGCAGGCAUCAUGGUCUGGAUCAUGAUUGCCCUGGUCAUUGUAGUCAUAGCCUACGGUGCGCUACAUUGUUACCUACGGUAUCAAAGUCUGAUUGGGGACACUUCCGCUGAUGCGACCAUCCGUGAUCUGGGAAUGCAGAGUGACAUCACGAUCUACCUUGAGAUCCGACAAACUUGGCUCAUAUUCACAAUCACCCUCGUCGUUGUGGAGUUCCUCGUCCUCGUGACUCUCAUCUUCCUUCGGAAGAGGAUCUUGAUCGCCGUCUGCCUCAUCAAAGAGUCCAGCAGGGCACUUGGACAUGUGACAUCAUCAUUAUUCUACCCAUUGUUGACUUCUUUCCUCCUGGCAGUGGUGAUAGCUUACUGGGCGGUCACUGCAGUAUAUCUCGCUACAUCUAAUGCUGAAGUGUACCACGUAUUAGCCAAUGAGACUUGUCCACACCGUUUUCACAAAUGCGAUCCCAAGACAUUCGCCACAUCUGAUGUGAGGCGAGAGUGUUCUGAAGCGGAGUGUAAUUUUGCCUACUACGGUGGGGACACCCUGUACCACAAAUACCUCAUCGUGUUCCAGUUUUACAACGUCUUCCUCUUCUUCUGGUGUUGCAACUUUGUGACGGCCUUGGGACAGGUCACUCUGGCUGGGGCCUUUGCCUCAUAUUACUGGGCCUUUAAGAAGCCCGACGAUAUGCCCCCCAACCCUGUCUUGUCGUCUCUGGCACGAACUCUCAAAUAUCACACAGGCUCAGUGGCAUUUGGCUCAUUGAUCCUGUCGGUGAUCCAGAUCAUCAGGGUUCUUUUGGAGUACCUUGAUCAAAAGCUGCAAGGUGCCAGAAACAAGUAUACUCAAUUUUUGCUGAAGUGCAUGAAGUGUUUCUUCUGGUGUCUGGAGACAUGCAUCAAGUUCCUCAACAGAAAUGCUUACAUUAUGAUUGCCAUCUAUGGGAAAAGUUUCUGUACGUCAGCUCAAGAUGCCUUCAUGCUUCUGUUGAGGAACAUUGUCAGGGUGGCUGUCUUGGACAAAGUGACUGACUUCCUGUUGCUCCUUGGGAAACUGCUCAUUGUUGGAGUUAUUGGAAUCAUAUCUUUCUUCUUUUUUACUGGAAGAACGGAUUCUCCUCAGUACUCCCCUCCUAAUUUGAACUACUACUGGGUGCCAAUAAUGACAAAUAUAAUUGGAUCCUACUUCAUUGCCCAUGGCUUCUUCAGUGUGUACUCCAUGUGCGUUGACACACUCUUCCUCUGCUUCUGUGAGGACUUGGAAAGAAACGACGGCACCCCUGGAAGGCCUUACUACAUGUCCCCCGAGCUGCGUGAUCUCAUCGGUUUAGGGAAGAGGUCUGAGGGAGACGGAGACGAUGCAAACCAAGCAGGUGCGGGGGAAGAGGAAGCUGCUCAAGUGGAAGAAGGCCAGGUUGAACUGAAACUGGAGUCACCAGUCUCUCACUGGUAUGUGGACGACGAACCUCGGCAAGCGGAUUAUGAAGAAUUGACGGAGAAGAAGGCGCGACGGUACGAGACACAGGCGCAAGCGUACAAGACCGAGAACCAAACACAGGAGACCAAGGGGCAAGCAGUCAGUAAAAAAGGCGCGUUGGAAGAGGAGCAAGCCGGGACGGCAGUGGUAAUGAGGCCGCAGCAGCAGUUGCGGUCGGAGGCACCUCCGAAUGUGGAGACGAAUGAGGAGAAUCGUCGGAGAGCUGAAGAAUCCAAGUGAACAGAGGAGGAGCAUGAAAGAACCUCAAUAAUUACAAUGUUGUGGCUCUAAAAAUAAAUGUACAGCAAGAUUUGGUGACCCGGAGGAGGUUGCUGCUCAAA